CGCUGGGCAUCUCUCCUAAGGGCUGUGGACUGCUGGCUUUCUGUUGAUACCUUAGAGAUGCAGCGGCUUUUGGCUCCAGCAAGGCGGGUCCUGCAGGUGAAGAGAGUGAUGCAGGAAACUUCGCUCACACCUGCUCAUCUGCUCCCUGCAGCCCAGCAGAGGUUUUCUACAAUCCCUCCUGCUCCCCUAGCCAAGACAGAUACAUGGCCAAAAGAUGUGGGAAUCCUUGCCCUGGAGGUCUACUUUCCAGCCCAAUAUGUGGACCAAACUGACCUGGAGAAGUUCAACAAUGUGGAAGCAGGGAAGUAUACAGUGGGCUUGGGCCAGACCCGUAUGGGCUUUUGUUCGGUCCAGGAAGACAUCAACUCCCUGUGCCUGACAGUGGUUCAGAGGCUGAUGGAACGCACAAAGCUGCCAUGGGAUGCUGUGGGUCGCCUGGAAGUGGGCACCGAGACCAUCAUUGACAAGUCCAAGGCUGUCAAAACAGUGCUCAUGGAACUCUUCCAGGAUUCAGGCAACACUGACAUUGAGGGCAUAGAUACCACCAAUGCCUGCUAUGGUGGCACUGCCUCCCUCUUCAAUGCUGCUAACUGGAUGGAGUCCAGCUACUGGGAUGGUCGCUAUGCCCUGGUGGUCUGUGGUGAUAUUGCAGUCUACCCAAGUGGUAAUGCCCGCCCCACGGGGGGUGCUGGGGCUGUGGCGAUGCUGAUCGGGCCCAAGGCCCCUCUAGUCCUGGAACAAGGGCUGAGGGGAACCCACAUGGAGAACGCAUACGACUUCUACAAACCAAACCUGGCCUCAGAGUACCCACUGGUGGAUGGGAAGCUGUCUAUUCAGUGCUACCUGCGGGCCUUGGAUCGAUGCUACGCAGCCUACCGCAAGAAGAUCCAGAAUCAGUGGAAGCAAGCUGGGAACAACCAGCCUUUCACCCUCGAUGACGUGCAGUAUAUGAUCUUCCACACACCCUUUUGCAAGAUGGUCCAGAAAUCCCUAGCUCGGCUGAUGUUCAAUGACUUCCUGUCAUCCAGCAGUGACAAACAGAACACCAUAUACAAGGACCUAGAGGCCUUCAGGGGUCUAAAGCUGGAAGAAACUUACACCAACAAGGAGGUAGACAAGGCUCUUUUGAAGGCCUCCCUGGACAUGUUCAACAAGAAAACCAAAGCCUCCCUUUACCUCUCCACAAACAACGGGAACAUGUACACCUCAUCUCUCUAUGGGUGCCUGGCCUCACUUCUCUCCCACCACUCUGCCCAAGAACUGGCUGGCUCCAGGAUUGGAGCCUUCUCCUACGGCUCAGGCUUAGCAGCAAGUUUCUUUUCAUUUCGAGUGUCCAAAGAUGCUUCCCCAGGAUCCCCUCUGGAGAAGCUGGUGUCUAGUGUGUCAGAUCUGCCCAAACGUCUAGACUCCCGGAGACGCAUGUCCCCUGAAGAAUUCACAGAAAUAAUGAAUCAGAGAGAGCAAUUUUACCACAAGGUGAACUUCUCUCCACCUGGAGACACAAGCAACCUCUUCCCAGGUACUUGGUACCUUGAACGAGUGGAUGAGAUGCAUCGCAGGAAGUAUGCCCGGUGUCCCGUCUAAUGGAGAUCCAUGCAACAAUUCCCCGGGAAAGAAUGUGAGCAGAGCUGCUACCCAAACAGCGUCUGCUUAAAAUUCCACCCACAGUCGUAAUAGUGUGUGGAUACUAUACACAGUAUACACAGUAAUACACAGUAGCCCCAUAGGAUCUGCUCUAUGGUGAAGGGCUUCCCUCUGUGAACCCUGGGUGACUCUCCCUGACAGAAAUCAGCACCAUAGGCUCACGCUGCUGUGGACCAGAGCUCCCCUGUGAAGAGUGAGAUGAAAGAAUGGGGAGUCGCUGACCUGCAGGGAUGCGGCUCUUUCCCCAUAGCCAGGCAGACCAGCCAUUCGUUACAGCUUAUUAUCUGACUCUGGGCUACUAUAGUUUAUGCUCCUUUCUUAAAGUUUCUUGAGAAUUUCUAAAUUUUGUAUCUUGUUCUAAAAUAAUAUACAGCAAUUAAAAACGAGAGAAGAAAUGACUUGUAUUUUCUAGAAGGCAAGACCUACUCAGAGGGCUGGACACUCACCUCACCAACCCAUUAAUUCUCCACAAUUCUGGCCAGUUCUACCUAGGACUGUGGCAGAUACAAGGCAAAUAAAGACAGUGGCACAGAGCACCCCACUGCUUGCUUCUCUGUCCUACAGACAUCAUAUCCAGACCGGGCCAAUAGGUGCUCAGUAGAUUGAUGCUCCCCCACCCCAACCCCUUGGCAUAGGUGGUCAGUACUCCCUAGACUAAAUGUAAAGCAAAAUCCAUAAGGUUGGCCAGGUAUGAUCAUGCACAUCUGAAAUCUCAGCACUUGGGAAACUGAGGCAGGGCUGAGUUCAAGGCCAACCUGGGUUAUGCUAGGAGACCUUACCAAAACAAAAGGUGGUGGUAGUGGCACACACACCUUUAAUCACAGCACUUGGAAGACAGAGACAAGCUGAUACCUGUGAACUUGAGGCCAACCUGGGCUAUAGAGCAAGUUCCAGGACAACCAAGGCUAUAACGAGAAACUGUCCUGAAGAACAACAACAGAAACAACAAACCCAAAAGGGAUGAGGCAGAAGUAGAAUACUCUCUAUUUCAGGUAAAGAGAACACAGCUUUUCCAGGGUCCUCAUAAAACAGCAAUGGUUUAGGAACAUGAGAGUUGAACACAAGAAAAGGGGAGGAAGGAGGGCAGGGGACGGAUAGGAAGGACAAGGGGUUCUGGUCCUUCUUUUAGAAAAAGCUCUGGAAAGAGGUUCUGUUGAACCUUCAGGGAAGACAGCUGGCUGAAGAGCCUCAGACACACACAUGAAACGAGGUGACAGCCAUGUCCCACCUCCACUAGUAGACCCGAGCAAGGCCCAGGUUGAGCAGCUAAUCCAGCGCCAACCCCUCCUCAGCAUGCACAUGUGCAUGAGGCCCUGGAUCUUUCCAGAAUUUCUUGCAGGACCAUGCUCCCUUCUUAGGUCACUGCAGUGGUGUCUGUCUUCAUGAAAGAGAAGCCAGUGUUCCCCUGGCUCAAGACAGGGACACAGAACCCGUGAAGAACUCUCUGCAGGGUCUUGGUAGGACCCUUCUUUGUGUCCCAUUGUUGGGCCCUGGUCUUGCUCUACCAGGAGUCAUGGAUUCAACUAGAGAUGAUCUCAAAAUAACACUAUGGUGCUGGGAAGAUGCUCAGUGAGUUAAGGAAGGCACCUGCUACUGAUCUUGACAACCUGAGUUCCACCCCUGGGACCCACAUGAUAAGAGAGAACCAGUGCCUGCAAGUGUCCUCUUGUUACCAAACUUGGGGUCACCGUUCAUACUAUAAGAAAUCAAGUUCAGCCGCUUGUGCACUUUGGCAUGAAUAUGUUCUAUCCCUCAAUAAAAUGCAUUU